CAGGGGAACCUCGGUACCAAACGCCGCCGCCGCUGCGCUUCCCCUUCCUCUACGUCAUCUGCACGCGCCGCGCCCCGCCGCGCCGGGGGCUCCGCCGCCGUCAUGGUGCAGCUCGGUAGCUGCCUCCUGAAAGGCUACCGCGGCGGGCACGUCGUGAUCCGUUUCGCCCUCGGGGGCUGCGCCAACCGGCCCUUCUUUCGAAUCGUGGCGGCGCACAGCAGGCGCGCCCGCGACGGGAAGUACCUGGAGCAGCUGGGCUGCCUCGACCCGCUGCCCAACGCCUACGGCGAGAAGGUGGCGGGGCUCAACCUGGAGCGGCUGCGCUACUGGCUGGGCUGCGGCGCGCAGCUCUCUCGGCCCGCAGAGAAGCUUUUGGGUCUUGCGGGGUUCUUGCCGCUGCACCCCAUGACAGUGACUGGCGCCGAGAGGCUGCGGCGCCGGCGAGCAGCCUCAGCUGUCAGCUCGCCCGGGCCCGGCGAUGCGCCUGAGAAAGGCUCAGACUGAGAGGCUGCCGAGGGGCCCCGGCGGCACCCGCCUGCCUCUCGGCGCUUCUCUCUGCAUUAAAAGAACGUUUGCACACCCUA